ACCUACAAACAAAAAGAAUAAUACAAGGCCACAGGGAAGAAGCAAGGAGCAUUGACCGGCGAUUACAAACCAUAGCGCAAAAGCCAAAAUAAGUACAUAGAGGUAAGUCUUACAUCUCCAGCUAACUGCCAUUGUUCUUUGUUCGCUCUUGCAUGUAUGAGUCUGUGUUUCAUUGUAAGAGCUAGCAUUUUUUUCCUGCUUGCUAGUCCAGAUUGUUGUUGUGUAUCCGAAUCUAUGUUUCGCCAUGAUAUUAUAUUUUUAUUUUGACUCUGCUGCUUGGGCACCGUAAUGUCCUCAUCACCCGAUCAUGAUUAGCCACUAUCCCUAUGGGCUUGACCUUUCAUUCUUCCUUCUAACACCGGCACAGAACCCUUCAACCACCAAAAACCCCAAAAGCCACUUUCCUGCAAAGACAGAAAACAUAGCACAACAGAAAACACACUCCAGUUAAGAAAACCUAACCUCUCCUUAUUGUGUCGGCGACAUAUCUGUUUGGUCGCGAUGGGAGCCAUGGUCUCCCGGGGUUAGGGUUAGCAAAGGUAGAGGUUGAACCGCCAUACACGGCGCGGUUUCCUCCGACGUAAGCAACGGCGGCGGCAACCGGCCUCGUUGUAACGGUGAAGACGUGGCACGAAGGAGCACGGUGCUUCUCUCUCGCGCGAAGAAGAGAAGGAGAGAAGAGAACCUGGCGCCGUGGCCGACGACGGCUCCGGCGGAGCGGCAUCACUAGCCCGGCCCUGGCUCGCGGCUUGCGGCUUACGGCGGCUGGUCUAGUCGACGGCGGCAACGUUUCGGGCGCAGGCGACACCACUGACGGUUACUCUUGGCUGGCCAAGGAGAUGUGCGGCGACGCUGGUCUGGAGACAUAGAGCCGUGGGGGAUGAUGAAGAAGCCACUAAGUCUCCUUCGGGUUCUAAGCGGAAGAAAGAAGAAAGCCCUAAGUGCUUUCUGAUUCGGGAACAAAAAUGAGCCUUGAUCUUGGACCAAUAUUCACCACCGGUACCCCUACAAAUUAGCUAUUAAAAAAUUGAAAAAAGGUUUUCACUUCUCCUUUCUCUUCUUCGUGCUUCUUUUUCGCUUAUCUCCUUUGGGUUUCUCUUUGCUCUUUCGAAUUCAUUCAAAACUGUUUUCAUCACCACCUGUGCAUGUACUUCCGGCGGCAUUGCCUCAAGCACUCGCUGUUCCGUUCGUCUACUGGGUUCUGGUAUCCAUGUUCCGUCGUUCCCUCCUUCUCUUCUCUUUAGUUUUUUUUUAAACCCUAAAGGAACGAAAGUGAGGGUUGCGGCGUGAGUGAAAGUAAAAAGCAGUCCAUGAUCGUUUGGCAUGAGGAAUGACAAACACCGAGAGAGGGAGUGGCGGUGUCCCAGAGAGGAGGUGCUGGAAUUGGAAGACAAAGCGAAAAUAGGAUUUUGGAACAAGGGAAGGAAUUGGAAAAGAUGCUACUACAAACAAUCUUUGGUGCAUAGAUAGGCAUCUCUGUUUUUACUACAUAAAAAGGUUCAUACAGACACAUGGUACACGCAUAAUAGUAGGUAUGGUUGUAGGAAGUUAAGAUGUAAUCUGUGUCAAACAAAGACACUCAUCAAAUCUUCCUCCUGGUGGUCUAAGGAGACAUUUAGAGGAUCUAGGAGAUUUUCUUUUCUCAGAUGUGAGAAGCCCUUCUUUACUACAGGGGAAGUUAAGAUGUAAUCUGUGUCAAACAAAGGCACUCAUCAAAUCUUCCUCCUGGUGGUCUAAGGAGACAUUUAGAGGAUCUUGGAUAUUUUCUUUUCUCAGAUGUGAGAAGCCCUUCUUUACUACAGGGGAAGACCGCAGAUGGAAAACAGAAGGUCCCUGAGAUCUUUAACCGUGUGAGGCAAUCAAACAGAAUGCAGUUCACUAGUGUUACAGAAACAUCAAGCAAGGAUGAAGGACUUUGAUGCAGAGAUGGAAAAAGAAUUAGAAGAUUUUAAAAAAUGUGGUCCACCUUUGGGUUCAAAUCACCAGAAUAACUCAAAUGAAGAGGAAGAAAGAAUGGAAAAUUAUCGCAACUUGAGCAUGUAUUUAUUCGAGGCAGCAAAGUCAGGUUUAUGGUCAUACCAGACAUGCUGAAGAAUGCUCUCUAUGUUUAAGCGUUUGGAUGCAAGAAUUAAGGGAAAGGGUGCAUCACUUGGAGUUGGUAGGGGCAGAGCAGUUGCGAUGCGAGCAAAGGAUGGAAAAUCAUCACAACUUGAGCAUGUAUCUAUUCGAGACAGCAAAGUCAGGUCAGGUUUAUAGGUUUAUAGUCAUACCAGACAUGCUAAAGAAUGCUCCUAUGUUUAAGCGUUUGGAUGCAAGAAUUAAGGGAAAGGGUGCAUCACUUGGAGUUGGUAGGGGCAGAGCAGUUGCGAUUCGAGCAAAGGCUCAAGCUGCUGGCCGUGGAGUUGCACCUGGGAGGGGUGUACCACCAGUGCGGAGAUGAUCACCAUUCGUAUCAUCCCUCUUUUCCUUGUCUGUUGAAUGUAAUAAUUUGGUUUGUUGUAGUCUUUUUGUAAACUGAUGAGAGAAAGAAAUUCUAAUAGAAAUUGCUUAUGCAGGCUUCAUAUAUUACUCUUUUUAA